GUAGUUCCCGGCGGCCCUCGCGGCAGGCUGCCGGCGUCCGGGAAGUUAGUGAUGGCCGCGGCCGGUUCUGCUGCCGUGUCAGGGGCAGGGACCCCGGUGGCGGGGCCCACGGGCCGCGACCUCUUUGCCGAGGGGCUCCUGGAGUUCCUGCGACCCGCCGUGCAGCAGCUCGACUCCCACGUGCACGCGGUCAGAGAGAGCCAAGUGGAGCUUCGGGAACAAAUUGACAACCUAGCUACAGAGCUGUGCCGCAUCAGCGAGGAUCAGAAGGUGGCCCUGGAUCUGGACCCCUAUGUUAAAAAGCUGCUUAAUGCCAGGCGACGAGUUGUCUUGGUCAACAACAUUUUACAGAAUGCUCAGGAACGACUAAGGCGGUUAAACCACAGUGUUGCCAAAGAAACAGCUCGCAGGAGAGCGAUGCUGGAUUCAGGAGUUUACCCUCCUGGUUCUCCAAGCAAAUAAGCGUGGGCCUGUGACCCGAGCACACAAG